AUGAAUUUUGAUGUGAAAUCCGCAGCUGAGAGAAGGAUGAUCCAACUAAAUGAGUUGGACGAGUUUCGACAUAUGGCGUUCGAAAACUCCAAGAUAUACAAGGAACGCACAAAGGCGUAUCAUGAUAGGAAGAUCAUUCCGAGAACUUUUGCUGCAAAUGAUCAAGUCCUACUCUUCAACUCUCGUCUGAGGUUGUUUCCCGGGAAGCUGAAAUCCCGAUGGUCCGGGCCUUUCACUAUCAAAGAAGUAAAGCCCUAUGGGGCAGUUGUGCUGUGGAGGCAUGAUGGUAGUGAGUUUGUUGUGAACGGUCAGCGUCUAAAGCUAUACCUAGCCUACACAGAAAUCCCCAAAGGAGAAGAUGUCUCUCUCGGAGAACCGCCUCGAGCUUAG